ACAGGUUCGGGAAGGGGAUUUCCGCCAACCAUAGACCUUAUAGGCUAUAUGCCAAAUGAGGAGACGGUGUUUAUUCCACUGACGCUAAAUGAAGCUCAAAGCAUCAAACUACAUUGCUAAGAUUCGGAACAUCAUGUCGGGGGAGUUCUACCUCUGCUUUCUCAUUACGACUCUGUUGCUCCACCUCUCCCAUGGCCAAGAACACCAGGGGGCCGUAGAGGUCCACCACAUCAGUGCAGGUCACUUCUUCCGGCUGAAGUGUGGUGAUGACGAUGACGCUGAGGACCGUACCACCGUGACCUGGAGCAGAGGGGGGAACCAGACCCUUAACAUGACCUCUGGGGUGGAGAUCAGAGAGGAGGUUCUGUGGUUUCUACCUGCCCACACCUCCCAUAAUGGACACUACACUUGUGAGAGCAGAUCGUGGGAGAAGGAGUUUGUGCUGUCUGUGGACACGGGGCCCUGUCCGGUCCCAGCGGAGAUAAGGACUGUAUCCCAGGGGACGAGUGGAGUAGUGUUCUGCAGACAGCAGGAUGUCCUCCAUCUAGACCCCACAGCACACAUCCGAUGGUUCAAGGACUGUAGCCCUGUCGACCAGCAUGGAGAGAAGAUCAUUGAAGAAGAUGGUCUGAAGAGGCUCCGGUUGGUCAAUGCUACUGAAAGCCAUGCUGGAGUUUAUACCUGCCUGGUAGAGUUCUCUCUGCAGGGGAGAAACCACACUGCCACCCACAGCACUCAGCUCAAAGUCAACAAAGAAAAAGUCCUGUUGAAACCCCAAGUAACCUAUCCCAGAAAGGAAACGGUUAUGGUUGAACCAGGCUCAAGGAUAGAGCUGUUGUGUUCAGCAUUUCUGGGGGUCGGUGAAGGUACGGAGUCAGAGAGCUCUAUGUUCUGGAUGGUAGAUGGAAGCCAUACUGAGCACAUAGAACAGCUCAACGUGACAAAGACAACAAUCCAUCCUAGUAGUAGUGGGGUCUAUGGCCGGUCCACUCUGUCUAUCUAUGAGGUCCGUCCUGAGUUCCUCAACGUGCCCAUCAGCUGCAUUGCCAGGAACGCCCUGGGUCGGGACAUAGGGUUGCUCUGGCUCCAACCAGCCAAUCACAGUGGUUUCUACACAUGCGUGUGUCUCUGCCUGGCCUUUUCUAUGGUGGUUCUUGGAGUAGCGAUGUGCUGCCUCUUUAAAGUGGACCUGGUGCUGGCCUAUAGGAGACUGCGCCCUCUUGUGUCCAAAAAGCAAGCACCAGAUGGAAAGCUGUAUGAUGCCUAUGUCAGUUAUCUCCAUGGUGAUGGGUUGUCCAGGGCAGAGAUGUUUGCUCUGCAGGUUCUACCUGAGGUGUUGGAGAGACGAUACGGAUACACACUCUUCGUCAGUGGCCGGGAUGACCUCCCUGGGGAAGCGAUCCAUGAUGUCACCUCAGAGACCAUGCGGAGAAGCAGACGGCUCAUCAUCGUCCUGUCAGACCAGAGUGCAUCCCCUCUGCACCCCAAAAUGGAUCCUGAGGACCAGUUACCACUGCACCAGAGCUCACAGAACCGCCCUAGCUACGACCAGCAGAUUGGCCUGUACGACGCUUUGAUCCAAAAUGGCCUCCGGGUUGUCCUGGUGGAGAUAGAUGGCAAGGUGGACUACACUUCUCUGCCUGAGUCACUGCACUACAUCAGGAGGAAGCAGGGAGCUCUGAGGUGGAGGAGGCCCAGAUCUGGAAAGAGCAGCUCCACUGCGUCCCCUAAUGGCCACUUCUGGAAGUGUCUGAGAUACCACAUGCCCUCCAAGCCAGAAGGGGCUCUGAAACCUCAGCCAACACCUGGGAUAAACUGUAGUAUAGAACUGUAUUAGUCAUGUCUCUAUUAGACAUUAUAUGACAAUGUGUAUAUUGAUGUAUUUGCAUGGCUAUUAUGCCUAUGGCUGGGGGGGCAACCCUGAUCCUGGAACCCUCCUUUUUAUAUGUUUGAGCUACCAGUGUGAUUGAGUGUCCUAAGAAUUGUGCAAGAGAACUUGUGCAAAUUGAAAGAAACAUUUACACUCCUCCUGAAAAUAGUUUUGCUAAUUCUGCUCAUACUUUGCUAAUUCUAGUUCCAGUGUAAUCGAGUGUCCUCUAAGAAGCACUUGAGAGGCUUUUUCUAGCAAUAACAGAGUUAUUUGUGUAAUGAGUCAGUGCAGUGGUACUGUGUACACACUGAUACAGCUGGCCUGACACUAUACUCUCACAGGAUAUCCUCUGGAUGGUUUGGAAACAGCAUGCUCUCAACCAAGGUUUUCACUGACUUAGUAAGUAUAUUUUCAAUUAAAGAAGUCAUCUCUAAUGGUACAGUAACUACAUCUGUUUUGUCUUGUUUUUAUUGUAUAACUACUGUACUUUAUUAGUUCACUUUAGACACUGUACAUUUGAUAAAUGAUGAAGUGUGAUGAACUGGACAAUUUUCUUCCAAUAGUUCCAUCAGUAGUUGCUGAAUAUAAUGACAGAUAUGUUUGAGACCUUUAAGUUCAUGAAGUUCAAUUAAUGUUUGCCUCUGUGUGUAUGUUUGAGAAAGAGUGUGUGCACCCGUGAAAGCUGCAUGUCAAUUAAAAGUGUGUGUUUGAUGGGUUAGAUGAGUGAGUCAUUUCUGAGAAAUCAUGAAACCAUCAUCUCUUACCAAUACACAUCCCUGGAACUAAGAAGGUGUUGUGGUGUCUAAGGAAUUUAUGACUUUGCUAACAUUUGCAAAUGGUAUCUUGGAGGAUGUUGAUUCAGCUUAGGGAAGCA